AUGCAGGGAAACACUGUUAUUGCCCUUGUGAUCAGUUUUCUGCUGGUCGUGGGCAUGGUCGGGUGGAUGGCCCACUGCUGGUAUGCACGCCAUAUCGGAUACGGGGUAAUGAUCAGCCAGGCACGGGCAAAAGCAAGUGAGACACUUCAAAAUUUGCGCCGGAAUAGUGGUGAUGCGACAUUUGACGUGGAAGAAGGAAUUGCGACCGAGCCGCCUGCGUACACCCAGAAAGGCUGGAUACGUGCCAGCAAAAAGCCAAAAGACAGUGACCGGGUUCGCACCCCAUCCUAUUAUAUUCUCAAAGGAAUGAUACCCGGCCAACGCUCGCGCAUGGGCCCUGUCCUGCAAGGAAGCCUCAUCAAUUCUGUGGACCAGAACCGACUCCGCCCAAGAACAGAAACCAUUUCGCUGAACAAACAGGUCAACCAGGGCAGCCUUCCGAUGCAUGAGUCGAAGCAACAGAGUGUGGAACAACAGGCUGAGCAGAAGAGCGAGGCAAUCCAGCAGCCAACCGAGCUCCUAAAGGUCCUGCCUAAGAAGAAGAAGAAGAAACAGACGGCGAAUCAAAAUGAGAGCAACACUCAAGAGGAUGAGCAGAAUGAUCAGCGGGAUGAAAGCCAGAAUAAAAGCAAGGACAACAAUCAGAAAAGCGGCAGCCGUCAUGAGAAAGACAAGAGCUCUGGAAAUAGCCGGAACAGCCCUAAAAAGAACUCCCGGAACUCGCAGCAAAGCCACACGGAAAAUUCAGGAAGCAAAAACCAUGGAAAUGGCAAGAAAAGUCCAACAAAGGAGUUUGGGCACUCUCGAAAGAGCAAAGCGGAAGCAAUAACCACCAUGAUGAUAAUCGCCGAGACAACCGUUAUUAUGAGAACAGAAAACGACACCGAGGUUGGAGCACCAGCGAUAACGAACAUGCUGAUAGUCGAUCCUAUGAUGGUAGAAGCAAACGUCGAGGGUCCCAAGGUCGCUCAGCGUCUCGCAGCCCCCCGCAAAGUCAAAGUUAUCAUAGAGACUACUUUCCACGGUCUCACUCAUGGACGUGGCAUUGGUCGCCGUCCCCAACAGAACAAAGUGACAGAUAACAUCAGUGACUGGGGUCAGAGUGGCGCACAGGCUGAUAAUGACACCUGGGACGGCCAUGAUAAUUCACGCGCGGAUAACGACACCUGGGACGGCCAUCAUAAUUCACGCGCGGAUAACGACACUUGGGACGGCCAUCAUAAUUCACGCGCGGAUAACGACACCUGGGACGGCCAUCAUAACGCACAUGCGGAUAAUGACACCUGGGACAACGGGCAGGAUGAGGAUAGCUGGAACGCCCAUAAAAAGGUUGACAAGAAUGGCCGGAAAGAACAUCAUAACGCAAAUACUGAAAGCGACACCUGGGACGGCCAUAAAAAGGUCGACAACAAUGUCUGGAAAGACCAUCACAACGCAAACACUGAGAGCGAUAGCUGGAACGCCCAUAAAAAGGUCGACAAGAAUGGCCGGAAAGAACAUCAUAAUGCAAAUACUGAAAGCGACACCUGGGACGGCCAUAAAAAGGUCGACAACAAUGUCUGGAAAGACCAUCACAACGCAAACACUGAGAGCGAUAGCUGGAACGCCCAUAAAAAGGUCGACAAGAAUGGCCGGAAAGAACAUCAUGACGCAAAUACUGAAAACGACACCUGGGACGGCCAUAAAAAGGCCGACAACCACGGCUGGGACGGCAAUGAUAGUCCUCAGGCAAAGUGGUAG